AUGUUGGCUUCAAGUAGAACUCGCUACGUAUUUCUAAUUCACGAAGAUAUGAGCGAGGAAGCUACUGGUGCGCGGAUAAAAAUUGACAGAGAUGGUAAGGAAGCAAUUAUUACCGGCACAUAUGGACAGUGUGAAACGGCUCAAUCCCGAAUGAAGCAUUAUCUAGAAGAAGAAUCCGUGAAGCCAAGACCUAGUGUUUAUCCUGACGUUGGUUAUACUAUUGUGGAUUCGCAGUCGCCAUCCAAAAACUCGCGAAUUCGUUUUAUUCAGUAUAUGGAGCGCGACAGUAAUUCACACUCACACGGAAGGAACUUGUAUUAUAUUCAUUUAUCAAACGAAUCUCCACAUUCGGAUUUUAUGAAGGAUUGGGAUAUUCUUACCCCGGAAGUUGAAUCGCCACAUCAAGUAAUGAAAAAUCUUGAAGAAUUUAUGCCUAGCCCCUUUAUUGAUAUGGGGGAUCACGGACUCUGGUUAGAUGACUAUGGUUCUUACUCGGCAAACAGAAGUCGUAGUAGCAGUAAUUCUAGCAAAAGUUUCAGUACCGUUGGUCGUGAGACGUGUGAAGAUGAUAAUGAUAUCACUGCAUUGCUUCCGGUUCCUACUAGACAACGACCAUUUACAGUUACUUCUUUGCUUCCGUAUUGUCUUAAACAAAUUUCCGAUCGCGUUUCAGAAAUGUUUCCUAUACGUGAGGCAGGCUUAGAAAUACAUACAACAAUAUAUUUGGGACAGGAAUUAUUUUUUAAUAUCCCGUUGGAACCUUCGAGCUUAGACAUUAAAGAAUGGUGUGGACUUAAACGUAUUGGACAUAAAGCUGUAAAGACUUCUUUUCAGCAUCACGCGCCUUCAAUUGAUGGUCGAAGGAUUUUGGAAGCGAAUAUGGGCUUUAAGGAAGCUUCACCUACACAUCAAAACGAAAGGUGCUCUAUAGACGUGUAUUUCAAUGACGGUGAAGAAAAGAAAAUGAAACUUAUCUAUGACCAGAUUUCUCAUGAAUGGACAAUUAAAAAAGUUGUAAAGAAUUUGCGACGUAUUGUGCUUGUUGACCUUUUGUCAGGCAGCGAAGCACCGGAUAUAAGGUUUACUCUAAAAACCCAGACUCGUAUUCCAAUUGAUCCCGACUUGAAGCGUCUUGUAAAAGACGUGCAAGAUCCAAAUAGGAACGAGUCUUUUAUGGCGUUACGACCUACCGAUUUCGCAGGCACAUGGAUUCAUGUGACACGUGUCGAACAGGCGAUCAGUAAAACGAAUAAUGCGAAUUAUCGUAUUAGCGUCGUACCAACCAAACAAGACGCGGAUGCAGAAAGAGUCACUUACGGGAAUAAUAUUACCCUUAAACAUGUAGAUUGGAUUCGUAUGUCUAGUCGGUUAUCUAGUCUACCAAUCAAAGAUCAAUAUCAGCAACAAUCAUAUCAAAAUGAAUAUGAUCUUAUAAGUUUCGAAGAUAUACCAAAGCAAACAACCUCGGUUUCGAGGAUACAAAAACAAAACAUCGAAGAUGACGUCUUCGGGAUUGAAUUUUUAUCUAACCACAUAAACGAAGGGUACAAGAGGGAAGAAAAUAUUUCAUCCGAAUUUAAGGGGAUAUUACAAUGCACAAUCCCCGCAUCAUUAGAUUUUUCCCGUCAAUUCAUCCAACGUAUUGGAGCAUAG